GGGCGCGCUCCUGGGGCGCAGCUGGGGAAGGGGCGCGGGGCUGGUCCAGAAGAUCCCGGCGCCCGCGGAGAAGGAGACCUGUCAAGGAGCCGAAGGGGGCGGGGUCGGCAGUGACCCCGGCACGUGGUGGACCCUCGGGAGCCUUGGGCCGGGAAGGAGAACUGUGCCUCGAGGGCCCCCUUUCUUGUCUCGAGCGGGGGCGACGUGGAAGCAAGUGGGGGAUGGUGGAUUCGAAAACUGCGUCUUCGCUGAGGGCAGGAAACGAGGUGUCAGCUGUGCAGUGAUUUACCUUCAAGGAAAUUGGGGAUUCAGAAAGUUGGGAGCUCCUGUGAACAUGGCGAACCUACUGAAAACAGCGGUGGCUGGCUGUUCCUGUCCUUUCCUUAGCAGUUUGGGGUCCUGUAAGGCUCUACCUAGGAAGAAGGAUUUUUUACGAACAUUUCAUACACAUCAGGCGCUGUGGUGUAAAGCCCCUGUAAAACCAGGAAUUCCAUAUAAGCAACUGACUAUUGGGGUCCCCAAAGAGAUUUUCCAAAAUGAGAAGCGAGUGGCAUUGUCUCCUGCUGGCGUUCAGGCCUUGGUCAAGCAGGGUUUUAAUACUGUUGUGGAAUCGGGUGCUGGCGAAGCUUCCAAGUUCUCAGAUGAUCACUACAGAGCAGCAGGUGCCCAGAUCCAAGGGGUGAAGGAAGUGCUGGCUUCUGAUUUGGUGGUCAAAGUGCGAGCCCCUAUGCUUAACCCAACGUUAGGUGUUCAUGAAGCUGACCUUUUAAAAACAUCGGGAACACUGAUUAGUUUUAUUUACCCAACCCAAAAUCCAGACUUGCUAAAUAAACUUUCCAAAAGGAAAACUACAGUUCUGGCGAUGGACCAGGUUCCAAGAGUCACAAUUGCUCAGGGAUACGAUGCGCUAAGCUCCAUGGCCAACAUUGCUGGUUACAAGGCUGUUGUACUAGCGGCAAAUCAUUUUGGACGUUUUUUUACUGGUCAGAUCACAGCUGCUGGAAAAGUUCCUCCAGCUAAGAUUCUGAUAGUCGGUGGCGGUGUGGCCGGGCUGGCUUCUGCAGGUGCAGCAAAGUCGAUGGGUGCAAUUGUUCGGGGAUUUGACACAAGGGCCGCAGCUUUGGAGCAGUUCAAGUCUCUGGGUGCUGAGCCCUUAGAGGUGGCCUUGAAGGAAUCUGGUGAGGGACAAGGAGGAUAUGCAAAGGAGAUGUCCAAAGAGUUCAUUGAGGCCGAAAUGAAGCUCUUUGCUCAGCAGUGCAAGGAGGUGGAUAUCCUUAUCAGCACAGCACUUAUUCCAGGUAAAAAAGCUCCCGUUUUGUUUAGUAAAGAAAUGAUCGAGUCCAUGAAGGAAGGUUCAGUUGUUGUGGAUUUAGCUGCUGAGGCUGGCGGAAACUUUGAAACCACCAAGCCAGGAGAACUUUAUGUUCAUAAGGGAAUUACUCACAUAGGCUACACAGACCUUCCCAGCCGAAUGGCCACUCAGGCCAGCACUCUGUAUUCCAACAACAUCACCAAGCUCCUGAAGGCCAUCAGCUCUGACAAAGACAAUUUUUAUUUUGAAGUGAAAGAUGACUUUGACUUUGGUACAAUGGGUCACGUCAUUAGAGGAACUGUAGUGAUGAAGGAUGGCGAAGUGAUCUUCCCUGCUCCCACACCGAAAAAUAUUCCUCAAGGUGCCCCAGUAAAACAGAGGACAGUGGCUGAGCUGGAGGCUGAAAAAGCAGCUACGGUCACGCCCUUCAGGAAGACGAUGACAUCAGCUUCUGCAUAUACAGCAGGUCUCACUGGGAUACUGGGUUUGGGCAUUGCAGCUCCCAAUUUAGCCUUUUCCCAGAUGGUGACCACUUUUGGCUUGGCUGGCAUUGUGGGCUACCACACUGUCUGGGGAGUGACCCCCGCUCUCCACUCACCACUGAUGUCUGUGACUAAUGCAAUCUCAGGGUUGACCGCAGUUGGUGGGUUGGUGCUGAUGGGAGGACAUUUGUAUCCUUCCACAACUUCUCAGGGCCUCGCUGCUCUUGCUGCAUUCAUAUCCUCAGUCAACAUUGCAGGUGGCUUUCUGGUGACUCAGAGAAUGCUGGACAUGUUCAAGCGUCCCACCGACCCCCCAGAAUACAAUUACCUGUAUCUGCUCCCUGCUGGUACCUUUGUUGGAGGAUAUUUAGCUGCCCUCUACAGUGGUUAUAACAUUGAACAAAUUGUGUACCUGGGCUCCGGCCUGUGCUGUGUUGGUGCCCUGGCCGGGCUUUCCACCCAGGGAACUGCACGUCUUGGCAAUGCAUUGGGCAUGAUUGGGGUGGCUGGAGGCCUGGCAGCCACCCUUGGAGGCCUAAAACCGUGCCCGGAAUUGUUAGCUCAGAUGUCUGGAGCAAUGGCUUUGGGCGGUACCAUUGGAUUGACAAUUGCGAAACGCAUCCAGAUUUCUGAUUUACCUCAGUUAGUUGCUGCUUUCCACAGUUUAGUGGGCUUGGCAGCUGUGCUUACGUGCAUAGCUGAGUACAUUGUAGAAUAUCCACAUUUCGCUACGGAUGCAGCAGCUAAUCUUACCAAGACCGUGGCCUACCUCGGUACUUACAUCGGUGGUGUCACGUUUAGUGGUUCUCUUGUUGCCUAUGGAAAAUUGCAGGGUAUCCUGAAAUCCGCCCCGCUCCUGCUCCCUGGGAGGCACGUACUCAAUGCGGGCCUGUUGGCUGCUAGCGUGGGUGGAAUCAUCCCGUUCAUGCUGGACCCCAGCUUCACCACUGGCAUUACCUGUCUGGGCUCUGUGUCAGCUCUCUCUGCUGUCAUGGGUGUGACUUUGACGGCUGCCAUUGGGGGUGCUGACAUGCCCGUGGUCAUCACUGUGCUGAACAGCUAUUCAGGCUGGGCCCUGUGUGCAGAGGGCUUCCUGCUCAACAACAGUCUGCUGACCGUCGUGGGUGCGCUCAUCGGCUCCUCCGGUGCGAUACUGUCCUACAUCAUGUGUGUGGCGAUGAAUCGCUCCCUGGCUAAUGUGAUUCUUGGAGGCUACGGUACCACUUCAACAGCUGGUGGAAAACCCAUGGAAGUUUCUGGCACACAUACAGAAAUCAACCUUGACAAUGCAAUUGAUACGAUUCGAGAAGCUAAUAGCAUUAUUAUUACUCCAGGCUACGGUCUCUGUGCGGCCAAAGCUCAGUACCCCAUUGCUGAUUUGGUAAAGAUGCUCUCCGAACAGGGCAAAAAAGUCAGGUUUGGAAUUCACCCAGUUGCAGGCCGGAUGCCUGGUCAGCUUAAUGUGCUGCUGGCUGAGGCUGGGGUGCCAUAUGAUAUUGUGUUGGAGAUGGAUGAGAUCAACCAUGACUUCCCAGACACUGAUUUGGUCCUUGUAAUUGGAGCUAAUGACACUGUUAAUUCAGCGGCUCAAGAAGACCCCAACUCUAUUAUUGCAGGCAUGCCAGUCCUUGAGGUCUGGAAAUCAAAGCAGGUCAUUGUUAUGAAGAGGUCCUUAGGCGUUGGCUAUGCUGCAGUGGACAAUCCAAUCUUCUACAAACCUAACACAGCCAUGCUUCUAGGCGAUGCCAAGAAGACAUGUGACGCCCUGCAGGCGAAAAUUAGAGAAUCCUACCAGAAGUAACACACAGGGAUCAAGCUGUUGUCUAACAAAGCCGCCUCUUCACUUGUGGGAACAGGCAAAUAAAUUAUAAACGUAUACAGCUGAUACACAUCUACAUCAGAGCUCUUGAAAGAAAAGGAAGACUGAAGAAAGCAAAGCAAAUACAGGGAAAAUUUUCAAGAGCAGCAGUCCCUCCAUUUAAAAAAAAAAGGAUUGACAAGUCUAAAUGUCUUCCUGUGCAUAUUUUUUGUGUUAUGAAUUCCAAAAGUAUUUUACACAAGGAGAAGGAACAGCCUCAUUUUAGAUGUAAUCCGUUUGGAUUUUCCUCAAUAGUCAGCAGUGUUUUAGGAAAUGAAGUCUUUAUGAUUUUUUAGGACUUCCAUUAUACAUAGAUUUGAAAAAAUCUGACGCAGUGUAAACAUUACAGCCACCUGCAUUUAUGUCUUUUCAACAAAUGUGACUAAUUUGAAACUUUCAUCAACUCUUGAGCUGUCCCCUUACCAUUUAACCAUAAUCUGAAUUAAACAUAUCAAAUUAGUUUCAAUUUUUCAAACUGUACUUCUGAUUCUAUAUUUCAGGGGUGUAUUUUCUCACUUCUAUUUUAAUACAUUAAAGGACUAGAUAAUCUUUCAGAGAUGCUGGAAACAAAUCAUUUGCUUUGUAUGUUUCAUGAGGACACCAACGAAACAUAUAAUUUGAAAUCAGUAUUAGCUGUAUUUUUUAAACCCCAUUUCCAAUUGGAGGUCUCUCUAACUUCAAUCAAUUUAUAAUGUGUAGUACUGUAUUAAGUGCACUUGAAUGGAAUUCAACUAUUUGACUAAUAAAAUGAGUUCAUCAUG